UUUCGUUCUCACAUCGAGGAGGUUUUCCACAUAAAAAUUGUGUGUCUCAUUUACGUUUUUCUGCAUAUCACAUCCCGCCAUCGUCAAAGUAUUUUCUUCACAGGUUCACACAGGGUCUGGGGAACACGACCAUUAGUAUUUCCGCUGCGCCGUGUGUCUUUCCCCAACAAAAUGUUGGAGUAUCUUCCCAACUGUUUGGGCAGUCUAAAAUUUCUUGAUGAGCUAAUAGUCUCUGGUUGUUCAAGGCUCAAAAAUCUUCCAGAUGUCCGGAAUAGCUUAAAACAGCUCCAGAUUUUACUUUUUGAUGGGACGGGAGCGAACGAGAUGCCAAGCAUAUCGUGCUUCACUGUAUACGAAGGGCCUGCUGAUAAUUUCUUAUAACCUUUUGGGUCAUAUGACACCGUGAGGGAAUAGGCUUGUGGUGUUAAUGGAGUAUCCUCACUACGACAUCUAUGUUUGAGUGGAAAUACUUUUGUCAGCCUGCAGCCUGACAUCGUAAAACUUUAUAAUCUAAAAUUGCUUGAUGUGAAGCAGUGCAAGAAGCUGAGGUUUGUUCCAACGCUUCCACCUAGACUUCAGUUUUUUGAUGCACAUGGCUGUGAUUCACUGGAAAGAGUUGCAAACCCUCUGGCCCUUCCUUUGUUGUCUGAGCAGAUCCAUGCCAAAUUCAAUUUUUCCAACUGCAACAAGUUGGAUGAAGACGCAAAGGAUAGUAUCAUAUCCUAUUCUCGGUGGCGAAGCCAGUUAGUGCUAGAUGAACUCACUCGUUACAAUAAGGUCUGUCUCUCUCUCUAUCAAUUUCCAGUCUUCCUGUAUGUAAUCUUCCGGCAUGGUUCAGUCACCGAGCCUUUGGACCGGUGUUAAGGUCAAAUCUGCCUCCACACUGGAGUGACAAUAAGUUAACUGGAAUAGCCCUUUGUUCUGUUAUCUCAUUUCCUGACUACCAUGAGCAGAGGAAUCCUCUCUUAGUGAAAUGUACUUGUGUGUUCAAUAAUGAAUAUUAGUCUCGUAUUCGCUUUAGUUGUAUUAUUGGCAGUUGGAGCAAAUCAAGUAACACACCAGGAAAGAUUGAAGCGUCUCAUGUCUUUAUUGGCUAUACCAGUACAUUGGAUAUCAAGAAAUAUGUUGAGGUGCGGAUGUAGUCAUACUGAGGCUUUGUUUGAAUUUCAAGUGACUGAUGGUACAAAAGUGUUAGAAGGUUGUGAGGUGCUGAAGUGUGGCUUUAGUUUGUACUAUGCAACCGAUGAAUUGCGGAUAAAAUCUACUGUCAGUGGCCCUCUUGAAGCAAAUCAGUACAUAUCGUAUUCAGAAAACGUGACAAUCUCGAAUGUAAGACCGGAGAGCGGAACAGAAGAGAGAUCACCAGCGCAAAGAACCGCUACCAGUUACCAACCACCGACCACUGAGUCUCGUGUAUCUCCUCAUGUGUAUGGAACAUCGGAUAUGGACCCCCUGUUGUCUGGGGAACCCCAACAAUACAGAGCCGACCUUUUUCCCGCAGUUGCAUCUUCUUCUUCUCAAGCUGGACUUGGACGAAGUCAUUCUCAGAUUUUUGUCAGUUUUCAUGGAGGUGACCUGCGCAGGACCUUUGUCAGACAUCUCGUUAGUACUUUGACAGAUGCUGGGAUCAGCGUCUUCACAGACAAUGAUAAGGGAAAUGGGAUAAAACUACAAAAUUUCUACAAGAGGAUAGAGGAGUCUAAGAUUGCAGUCGCCAUCUUCUCCGAGAGGUACAUCGAGUCACAUUUUUGCUUGGACGAGCUUGUAGCAAUGGACAAGCUUGUAAGGGAAAACAAACUCUUGGUGAUUCCUGUCUUCUACAAUGUGAAACCAAGCGACGUGAAGCAUCUCAAGGGAGAAUUCGGUAGACGUUUCAAAGAGAUGAGAGUAAGAUACAAGGACGAAGCUGAGAAGGUCCUGAAGUGGGAGACUUAGGUGAAGUCCAUUGCGAAGACAAU